CAAGAAAUCCCAUUAAUCCUUUUUUUUUUUUGGUUUACUGUUUAUGGUUGUCAUGUCUCACGAUAGUCGGUGGACGAACAUGACUCAGUGGACUAGGUUGGAGGACAAGCUUUUCGAGGAGGCUUUGGUGGUGGUUCCGGAAAACUUGCCUGAUCGGUGGCAGAGGGUGGCCGACCAUGUCCCUGGAAAGUCGCCGUGGGAGGUUAAAGAUCACUACGAGGCUCUGGUUCACGACGUCCUUGAAAUUGACUCUGGCCGAGUUGAGUUACCGAGUUAUGCUGAUGAAACGGCCGGGGGAUUGCUGGAAUGGGACUCUUCUGGACAGAUCUCUUUUGGAACCAGAGCCAAGGCUAGUGGGGAUAACGAGAGGAAGAAAGGGACACCAUGGACUGAAGAAGAGCAUAGGCUAUUUCUUCUUGGACUGAAAAAAUUUGGCAAGGGUGAUUGGAGGAGCAUCUCAAGGAAUGUUGUGAUCACAAGAACACCGACUCAGGUGGCCAGUCAUGCCCAGAAAUACUUUCUUCGACAAAACUCUGGUAAGAAAGAAAGGAAACGAUCAAGCAUUCACGACAUCACAACAGUUGACAACAACUCCAUCCCCAUGCCUAUCGACCCCAAGUGGAUAUCUCCAGCCCCAAAUCCAACCGUUCAAUCAAGUAUGCAGCAGGUAAGUCCCACAGGUCAUUUGCAAGACCAAGGAGGCUCAUUCGGGUUUCAAAAUUACAGGUUCCCGAUGUAGCGUUCGGCGGGAUAUCCUUAUAAUUCUACAUUGUAAAUACAUGAAGAAAUCCGUAAAGUCAUACGUACCUGGGGUUUGGUUGUUCUUUUGAUUGCCACAGUUGAGGGAAACCUGAUGAUAUGGAAUUUGAACAGUGGUAGAUUCCUGUCUGUAAGUACAUAGAAGAAAAGGCAUAAACCAUUAGUAGAAACAGUAGUAGUGAUGAUUAUUAUUAAAAACAGCAGUUGAAAGUAAUGUAAAAAGAGAGGAGGAGGGUAGGAAAAACACAGCAUAUGAAUGGAAAAUUCUUUGUUGGAUUGUGACUAGUCCUGCAAUCAGAAUUAGCUGCAGGAAGCUCCACUUUAAUUCACUAGAUGAUUGAUUGCUUUGUACUCGAGGAAAUACAAAAAAUCAACGGCCAGCAGUGUCUAUUGGACUGAAGAUUCAGACUGAUCA